UUGGUAUCUACUAAAUUACUGGCAAACAGCAUCAUAGAAUAGCUGUGUUGGAAAGUGAACAGCUGUUGCCGUGUUAGAGCGAGAACAAAAUGGCUGCCCUUCAGCUCUAGUCGUCUAACUCCACCUGACCGGCGCCAAGUGUUUGCCUAGAGCUUCUCUCAAUUAUGUUGAAUAAGUGCAACAUGAAAUGGGGCGUGCAGAGCCAGAAAGCACGGAUCUGGUUGGAGCAAUAGCGAGCUACUCACUUUGAUAGAUUGAACAGAAUUACAGGGCAGUACCGCUUUUUUAUUAAGCCACAGAAGGGAAAGGCCGACAGUAAGAAUUUAGGUCUUGCUAUUAGUAUUGAUCUCUCUUUCUCAUUUGUCUCUGUCGUUCUCUUCUCACCAGGUUCUCCGUCAGUGAGAGGGCGUGAGGGAAGGAGUGCCCCGCAUCCAAGCGCCCGCUGACCCGCACUCCCCCCACCACCCCUUGUUCCGUCCACAGCAUGGCUCUCUCUCUCUGGAUCCUUUUUACGUGCACCAUCGCCCUGAGCAACGUCAGCCCCUCUGCCCAGGCAUUAAGUCGCUCUGCAAUGCCAUUUGGUCUGAUGCGGAGGGAGUUGGCAUGCGAGGGUUACCCCAUCGAGCUCCGCUGCCCCGGCAGUGAUGUCAUCAUGAUCGAGACAGCCAACUACGGCCGCACGGAUGACAAGAUCUGUGAUGCUGACCCCUUUCAGAUGGAAAACGUACAGUGCUACCUGCCAGACGCCUUCAAAAUCAUGUCACAAAGGUGUAAUAAUCGCACUCAAUGUGUGGUGGUGGCUGGGUCUGAUGUUUUUCCUGACCCCUGUCCAGGAACCUACAAGUACCUGGAGAUCCAGUAUGAAUGUGUGCCAUACAAAGUGGACCAAAAAGUCUUUGUAUGUCCUGGGACUCUAUUAAGGGUGCAGGCAGCAAGUUUGCUGCAGGAGGCGGAGCAUCAGUCGGGGGCAUGGUGUAAGGAUCCCCUGCAGUCUGGUGACCGUCUUUACGUCAUGCCCUGGACUCCGUACCGCACGGAUAUGCUGUACGAGUAUGCUUCAUGGGAAGACUUCAAGCAGAAUCGAGCCACGACUACUUACAAGCUGCCAAAUCGUGUGGAUGGAACAGGGUUUGUCGUGUAUGAUGGUGCUGUUUUUUACAACAAGGAACGCACACGCAACAUUGUUAAAUAUGAUUUGCGCACACGUAUAAAGAGUGGAGAAGCCAUAGUCAAUAAUGCCAACUAUCAUGACACCUCACCAUACCGCUGGGGUGGCAAGUCCGAUAUUGACCUUGCAGUAGAUGAAAACGGUUUAUGGGUCAUCUAUGCUACCGAGGCCAACAAUGGACGACUGGUGGUCAGCCAGGUUAACCCCUACACCCUGCGCUUCGAGGGAACCUGGGAGACUAGCUUUGAUAAGCGACUGGCAUCCAAUGCUUUCAUGGCGUGUGGUGUUCUAUACGCUGUCCGCUCUGUUUAUCAAGACGACGACAGCGAAGCGGCUGGAGAUCUCAUGCUGUAUGCGUACAACACCAACCGAGCACGGGAAGAGCCCGUCCACAUCCCCUUCCCCAACCCCUACCAGUAUGUGUCCUCUGUGGAUUACAACCCACGAGACAAUCAACUUUAUGUCUGGAAUAACUACAAUGUGCUGCGCUAUCCCCUGGAGUUUGGCCCACCGGAUCCCACUGCUGGUCCACUCGUCACCACUCAGAUGAGCAGCAGCACAACCACCGCAGCAAGACCUGUAUCUUCCAGCUCUAUCCCCUCAACCAUGCGACCUCUGCCGCCAACUGCUCACCCGAUAGGGGCCAUCAACAAGGCACCGGAUCUGCGACCUAUCACUGCCACUGUGCCGGUGACUCGUAGACCCCUGCGAGUCCCACCACAGGGCCCUGAGCUCCAAGUGUGUGAAGCCAGAGUAGCCCGAGGGGUGCAAUGGCCUGCCACCCAGAGGGGGGAGACUGUAGACAGGCCAUGCCCUAAAGGAUCACUGGGCAUCGCAUCCUUUCAGUGUCUGUCCUCUCCUGUGCUGUGGAAUCCUCGCGGCCCUGAUCUAAGUAACUGCACCUCGCCGUGGGUCAACCAGGUGGCCCAGAAGAUAAAAAGCGGAGAGAAUGCUGCAAACAUCGCCGCUGAGCUGGUGAACCACACGCAGGGCCGCAUUUAUGCCGGUGAUGUCAGUUCCUCUGUCAGACUCAUCGAGCAGCUAUUGGAUAUAUUAGACGCACAGCUGCAAGCACUCAGACCCGGGAAUAAGGAAUCGGCAGCCAGGAACUACAAUAAGUGGCAGAAGAGAGAGAGGACCUGCCGGGCUUAUGUUCAGGCAGUUGUGCAGACUGUGGAUAAUCUUUUGCAUGCCGAGGCUUUAGAGUCAUGGCAGGACAUGAACAGUACGGAGCAGGCCCACACAGCCACCAUGCUACUGGACGUCAUGGAGAAAGGAGCCUUCCUGUUGGCCAAUAACAUGUACAAUAAUCACUUCUCAGACCACGCUGCCAAUGUCGAUCUAGAGGUGCGUGUGUUGAACACAGAGACAGAGUCUCAGGAUUUGUCGUUCCCACAGAACGGUCCCAGUGACAGCAGCAUCCAGCUCUCGGCUUCCACCUUCAAACAAUACAGCCGCAACGGCCAGGUAAAAGUGGUCUUUGUGCUCUAUAAGAAUCUGGGUUCAUUCCUGUCCACUGAAAAUGCAUCCGUGAAGAUGGAAAUGGAGGCUGGACCUGGUGGGCGGGGCUUGGCAGUGAAUUCACACGUCAUCGCAGCAUCGAUCAAUAAAGAGUCCAGUCGAGUGUUUCUGACCGAGCCUGUAGUGUUCACACUUAGACAUUUACAGCUGGAGAAUCAUUUCAGCCCAAACUGUUCAUUCUGGAACUACUCUGAGCGUUCAAUGACGGGCCAGUGGUCAUCUCAAGGCUGCAGGCUGAUGGAAACCAACAGCACACACACAACAUGUUCCUGUAGCCAUCUAACCAACUUUGCCGUGCUCAUGGUACACCACGAACCCGAUUAUCCAGGCAGGAUGCACGAGCUGAUCCUCUUUGUGAUCACAUGGGUGGGUAUUGUCAUUUCGCUGGUGUGUCUCGCCAUCUGCAUCUCCACCUUCUGCUUCCUGCGAGGCCUGCAGACCGACCGCAACACCAUCCACAAGAACCUCUGCAUCAACCUCUUCAUCGCCGAGCUCCUCUUCCUCAUCGGUAUCGACAAGACACAGUACCACAUUGCAUGCCCCAUUUUUGCGGGCCUGCUGCAUUUCUUCUUCCUGGCUGCAUUCUCCUGGAUGUGUCUGGAGGGAAUCCAGCUGUACCUGAUGCUGGUGGAGGUCUUUGAGAGCGAAUACUCCCGAAAGAAAUACUACUACCUGUGUGGCUACUGCUUUCCCGCCCUGGUGGUGGGCAUCUCAGCAGCCAUUGAUUACCGCAGCUAUGGGACUAAGAAAGCGUGCUGGUUGAGGGUGGAUAACUACUUCAUCUGGAGUUUUAUCGGCCCCGUGUCCUUCAUUAUCAUGUUAAACCUGGUGUUCCUCAUGAUAACACUCCACAAGAUGGUCCGUAACUCAUCCGCUCUCAAACCCGACUCCAGUCGCCUGGACAACAUCAAGUCCUGGGCUCUGGGGGCUAUCGCACUGCUCUUCCUCUUGGGUCUGACCUGGGCCUUCGGCCUCCUCUUCAUCAAUGAGAACACAGUCAUCAUGGCAUAUCUUUUCACCACCUUUAAUGCCUUCCAGGGCAUGUUCAUCUUCAUCUUCCACUGUGCUCUGCAGAAAAAGGUGCAUAAGGAGUACAGCAAGUGCCUCCGUCAUUCUUACUGCUGCAGUCGCACCUCCACUACGAGCUCUCAUGGAUCGCUGAAGAAUUCUGCCCUCCGUGCCAACAACCGCUACUACACCGGCAGCCAGGCACGUCAUGCAGCGGUACACAGACAGAGCCGAAUUCGUCGUAUGUGGAAUGACACGGUGCGAAAGCAGACAGAGUCAUCCUUCAUGGCAGGAGACAUCAACAGCACUCCCACUCUCAACCGUGGUACAAUGGGGAACCAUCUUCUGACGAACCCCGUGCUGCAAACCCGUACAGGAACCUCUCCUUAUAACACGCUGCUGGCUGAGACGUUUACCCCACCCUCACCUGGAGUCUUCAACUCUACUGGAACUUUCCGUGACCCAAAGAGCACACUGUCUAAGAACCGAGAUCAUGGAGGCAUGGAGACGCUACCUCUGAAUGGAAACUUCAACAACAGCUAUUCUCUGCAUAGUGUUGGAGGUUCGGGAGCUCCCAGGGGCAGCUGUGACUUCCUGGGAGGGGGAAGUGGAGAUAGCCCCCCUCCCCUACUCAAUCCCCGUGGUUCAGAAACUCUUGGUGACAUACGGAGAAACCUCUCGGACGCAGCAGCGUUCGAGAAGAUGAUCAUAUCUGAACUUGUGCACAAUAAUCUCCGAGGCAGUGGAGGGGCUGGGGGCGGUGACAGAACAUGUGGUAGCCUGGUCAGAGGGCACGGGCACAUGGGAAUAGGGCGGGGAAGAGGCGGGGCAGAGCCGGCGAUAGGCAUGGAGGAUGACAAAGACUUUCGUUCGAGAGAAGCACGUCAGCGCACGCCACAAGACGUGGAACUGCUGUACAAGGCUCUGGAGGAGCCCCUGCUUCUGCAGCGUGCCCAGUCCGUGCUCUACCAGAGCGACCCAGAGGAGUCCGAAAGCUACACAGCCGACCUGACCGAGAGUUUGGGCCACAGUGGUCACAGCGGCCAAAGUGCAGCAGGCCAGGGCCACAACGGAGCCCCCGAUUCGCCUGCGCGGGAGUCCCUCUACACCAGCAUCACCAACCUGCGAGAUUCACCCUACCCCGACAGCAGCCCAGAGCCACUAGAGGUGGUUCCACGUUCGGCCCAGCCUCCGGAGGAGCUGUACUACAGCUCAGGUCGGCCAGCCAUAGGCUCCCGCGGAGCCCCCAUGCAGACCUUCUACCAGGCUCCACCUAGGAGACCGAGCACUGAAGCCCACCCCACGCCUGAGCCUCCUCACAGUGAGGGAGAUGGACAGAUGCAGUUGGUCACAAGCCUGUGACCAUGAGUAAGAGGUGGAGGAGGAAGAGCGCCACAGGGUCUGAUGCAAAGUGCAGAUGGCGAUGAUGGACUCCUCUCUUGUCUCUGACGCCCUCCUUAUGUCUGGUUGCCUUUUUGCUCUUUUUAUUAGUUUUGAAGUAAGAGGUAAGGAAAGCCUAAACAGGGAGAGCGACAGAGAGGUUUGUCUCCAUGGCAGCAGGCUCUCUGAAGUGCUAUGUAACCGCUGCCCUCUCAUCAGCAUCAUUUUCUCCUCCCAUCUCACACACACACACACACACACACAUAGAGAAACAGCGAGUCCAACUAUCUGCCUUUUCUCAAUGGACGUCUCUGCCUUCAGCUCUCUCUGCUCCAAAAAUAUUGUCAAACAUCACGCUGGGCUUCUAUUUCUGUGUUUUAUUUCAAGUCAUAUCUUUAAAAUGUUGCAUUUGCGAAACUCCUUACCUUCACUUUCCUUUCUCUGUCUUUCUCUAUCAUUAUUUGAUGAGAGCGGUUACAUGAGGAAAUGGGGAUAUGCCAUUAUACUGCAAGUGACAAAAAUCUCUCUGAAAGCUCUUCAGUGUUGCCAAAAAUAACUGUUUUUGAGCCAGGACACAAACUGGAAUCUACUCACACACACUCUCACAGAAGUGCUUGUUACUGAACAUCAAGAGUGUGAACAUAUGCUCAUGAAAAAGGAAAACAAGGACUAUUGUUCAGACACAGGUAGUGGGAAGCUGCCUCAGUGGAGUUGCCUUUAUUUCUCUCUCUAAACUGACUCUUCUGUAACAACCACAGAGACUGGGAACGGGGCGGACAUUAGGACACAACCCAUCAUCAGCUGGGUCGUUUGAAGCCUCGGCCAUGGGACCUCUCAUGAAUGAAACUCUGUAGGGUUUCAUCUCAGAUCCACAGAUGGGGGGUGGAUUAAGGACUGAACCUGCUCUCCGAAUCACUGAUGGAUGUUGUAGGUGGACGUGCUGUAUCACCUGUGUUAUUGUGGCUAGAAGAAUUUUUUUGCUACUGCUCCAGCCAUUCUUAGAGUCCGACCUCUGUACAUAAGAACCACACAAAGCGAAAGCAAGUCUUAUUCUACUCGUCACCUGUACAUAGAAGAACAAAAGCAACAAAAAAGUAUCAAAUACUAUGAAAAACAGUUCUUGUACUGCAGCAGAAAUCGAAAAUAAAGAUGUUUUGAAGUUUGUGACCUAAACACCAUGCCAGUCUCUCCCUCUCUCUUUCUUUCGCUCUCUCCGGCCCUCAUUCAGUCCUGCCCUGGAGCACCAUAGUGCCAGGAAAUUUAAUUGUCUGCCAAGAGACAGCGAGAGAGAGACAGAAAGAGAAGGAUUUUACAUACAAACAAGAUAAAUCCUGGCACAAUUUUUAUGUAAUAUAACCCAUUACAUUAGCUAUGUUUCCAUCCAAAUAUGCGAAUUUAACUUAUGCGCAAAAGUGGAAUAUCGCAUAAAACAUUUGCGAAUAAAGCACUAUUUCCAUCCAACGAGUCAAAGAGAAAAAAAUCCUCACUUCCUGAUAAACUGGCACUAAAUAUCUCUAAGAAAACUAGGAGAAGCCACUGAAUAUAAUAAUUUUCAUAUGUAAUUACAUUCGCUUCAGAGCGAGCAGACGUACUGUAACACGAUAAAUGCGGUCAUUGUUUUUAGAGGUGGAUGCCUGCUCUUUGGGAACGCAGUCAUGUAAGACAGUAAUUAUACAGAAAUACUUUGAUUACAGACUUUCCUCAGGCAUUUCAGAACGACCAAAACAACAAAUAGAUGCUGUGAACAAGAUCAGUCCACUGGUUAGUCAAGUUAUCCCGUUUCAUAGCGCAAAGUCACAUGACUUUUUCAAUUCACAUGACUUUUUCAAUUCACAUGGUGGAAUUUAUUCGGUAAAUGUGUUUCCAUCGAAGUUUAUGCACAUUGUUUCUUAUUGGAUAAAACGUUUAUCCUACUCAGUUGUGUGCAUAAGUUUUUAAUGUGCAUUUUUAGAAUUUCUGCGCAUCUUGGCAUUUCCAUCCAGUGUUUUUUUAUGCGAUAAUCCAAAAUGUGCAUAAAAAUAGGUGGAUGGAAACAUAGCUAUUGUUGGUAAUGUUUGACCUUCAACAUUCCCAGACAGGAAGUGCUUGACAUGAAUGAAAGGGGAAUACACUGUGCCUCAGUGGCGCACUGGUGCAUUGUGGGUUAAUUGACAGCAGCCAUAAUGUAGUGUUGGUUAUAUUUUAUCUGGAAGUUGUAAUAGAUAUCAGAUGACUAGAUGAAUAGAAUAUAUUUAGGUGAAAAAAAAAGAAAAAAAAAAAAAAACCUUGGGGGGCACAUUCAAAAAAAGUUUCAGUCACAAACCCUAGAUUGUAUUUGACUGUUUUUACAUACCAAUAACAGCUGUUAUUUCUGAACCCGGUGUGACAGUUGAUUUACAAUUUGUAUGUGUAUGUCUGAACGUUAACGUUUGGAUGCUUGCGAACCAGAGUACGUAUGUGUGUGAGUAUGGAUCUCAGAGGCUAUUUUUACUGGGUUAGAUGGACCCACAUUAGAAGAACAGGAAGCAGAGUAAAUCUAUAUCUAUAUAAGAGCUCAGUAUAAGCUUCCAUCUAAAAGACUUUGUUGAAGGUAUUUUAAAUGUUGAUUUUUAUUUAUUUAUUUAUUUAUUUUAUUUUUUGCCAGUCAGGUACAAUGGAAACUGAGGUUUAAAACAAAAACAAAACAGAAUUAGCAUUCAUUGAGAAACAGGAACAUCUGACCAAUGAGACACGGCCUCUGUGGUUUAGAAUCCCUAUAUGCAAAGAGCUGCAUAGCCUAUUGAACAAAAGAGAGGUAUUCAUGAGUGCUCCACCCCUCUGAAGUCUGCUCAAUCGUCAAGUCUUUCAUGUCUGAUGUUUUAUUUAUUAAUAUUUAUUUGUGUGUUUUGAUUAUUUAUGCACAUAUUCAUUUAUUCAAUGUAAUUUUCAUUCUGUAUACAGAGCAUAUGUGAAGGUGAAGAGAGUGUGCUAUAUUUCGAAAGAGCAUACUAGCAUACUACUCUUACUAUAGCUGCAGUAUAUACUAUGUAUUGUUUGCACAGUAUGCAGAUUUUCUGCCGAAUUGCCUAGUAAAUUUAACCAGAAUGAAUGGUAAACAAGGCUGAAUUUGGAAUGGUAUAGUACUCUUAAUAUUUCUGCCAUAAUAAGAAAUAUUAAUAGUAAAAAUAGAAUUCAGCCAGUAUAGAUUAUUUUGUCCCACAAUUCAAAGUGGUAUACUUUACCUUUUAUUUCCAAUGUGAUGGAUGAACGCAGUAAUAAGCUAGUAUGCCACUCCAAACAUAGCCACAGUAAGAAAGAGAGAGAGCAGGAGUGCGUAUCCAUGUUUAAUGUCAGAGGAAGAGGUGAUGUCCAAACUACACAAGUCUGCAGCUGCUUUAGAGAAGGUCUGCUGCUCCCACUGUCAAAUGUGGAGAACAAUGUGCAUCCUGAAUCAAUGUCCUAUCAUUGAAUGCAAGCACCAUCUGCACUCUCUCUUUCUCUAUCUCUCACUCCUGUAAGUCUUCUAACGGGACGUGUGUGCAAUCCAUUGCAUGGUAACUUGUACUGAUUGACACAGGGUCAGUAUGUUCGCCGGUGUGCUGCCCAGCAGGUGGUUAGUACACCCGGUCCUAUAUUAAGCCUGAGGCAUGUAUGAUCAGCUUUUCUUUAAAGCAAUGACCUAAACUCUUUUUUUUUUUUUACUUGCUUUUCUUGCAAAAAUGUUCCAUGUUGAUGAGUAGGACCAGCUUCAACUGGUCAGCGGGUUUGACCAUUUGAAUGUAUUGUCACACACCAUUGUUAACUGGCUUUUAGAGCUUAGGAGAUCUGCUCCUGACUCAUGGCCCUCUGCCCACCUGGCACCACAUUGCUGCUGUUUUUACCCCCUUAUACCCUGCUGCAGUGGCCCGUGGGAAAGGCUGUUUACCUGUCUCUCUCCAUCCCUGGAGAUGUCUGAUGUGCGUCAUGUUUUGUGCAUCUCUCCGUUUUCUGCCCUUGCUCAUUUUUAUUUCCCAUCUACCCUUCUCCCACGUUCCCCCUCCCGCACCACUCUCUCCUUUCCCACUUAGCUCACCAAAAUGUUUUUGCAUGGCUUUCCUAGCUGAGCAUUAAUGUGGGAAGAUUUGUUAUGUUAGUCAAAAGCUUUGUUUACAUGGGACUGAAUGGAUAAUAUAGUACAGUGUUGAAUAUGGUGAUAAUGACAGUGAUUAUGCACUGUAGUAAACUGCUAGACUAAAGCCUGCUCCGAGGGACUGCUACCACCUCCAAAAUUCUCAUACAACCCCUGAUUAUCAUAAUAAUACUAAAAGCUAUAAUCUAAAGGAGUCAACCCACCAUGCUCCUGCUCUCUGGGUUUCUCCCUUUGUCUUUCCCCACUCUCGCUCUUUGAGAGCACUUGUGUUUGGUGUUCUUUAGAUAUGAAAGGAGUCAGCCUGAGCCGCUCUCCAUAUCGGCCACGUUUUCAUGUCUUCACAUUCAAAUGGAGAGGCAAACAGUACAUGAGUAGACAUCGGAUGACUAGGCCCAGACGGAAUCUGCUGCUUUUUUCCCUUUUUGUAUGCGGAAUGAGUUUAAAAAACUUUAAAAUGUGUUCAGUUGAGCUCAGAGUGCUACACUUUUAUUGGUAGCUGAAUUAAAUUUUCCAAAAUAUAAAAGGACCCCUGAAAUCACUUGACGAAUGCAGUUUCUUGUCGUGUUUUGAAUUUCCUUUUACACAGGAAGUUCAGUCUGGAUAUAUCCUCCAUUUUUAAACGUAUAACCAAUAUCCUUUAGUUUACAUUAGUCAUCAACCAUGAUUUGCUGACAAGUGGAAAUAUUUUAUAUUUCUAUUUUUUUUUUUUUCAUUUAGUCUGCUCAUUUAACUUGCACCUCAAAAAGAUGUGCAUUUGUUUUGCUUUAUUGGUUGGAAUUAGGAGGAAGAACUCCUAGAGAUCUACUUAGCUGCAGAUUUCAGAAUUAUCAAGUGCUCCUGAAAAUCUUAGUUACCUGUUGGUGUUGGCUUGGUGUUGAAACUGCAGGAAGGUAGAUCUCCUGGAACAUUGGUUGGGCUCCCUGCUCUUUGAUUUGACACAUAUGUGUACAUGCCCACGGGUGCAGGAUGAGUCGUCAGUAUAUUUGGUUAGUUUGAAGAGAAAGUACAUUUUAAAUGUAUACAUCUUCUAAAAGAUUAAUGUUUAGGAGUACAAAACUACUUGACGUGGACAGAAAGUCUCAAAACUGUCAUUUAUGUGUCAUGGAGUCUUUAAUAAUGGAACUCAAGGGACUGGAGAUGUCUUCAACUUUGUGAUUGAGACGUGUUCCAAUUCAGCAGAAAUCUUGAGUUUUCCAUAAGCGCAGAUUCUGUAUGGGCCUGUGACACCUGUCUCUUUUCCCUCUCCACAUAGGUGCCAUCGCACCGGCCUGCACUCCUGUGAUCUGACAGUCUGUCACCUUGCUGUCAACCCAGUCCUCAGCUAGGGCUUGUCACCGGAGAGCCCGAGUCGUGACCUCUGAUCACGAGCCGUCCCCCCCUGUAGCACAAGAGCUUUGCUUUUAGAGCCACAUGUUGACUUGAUGUCCAGAUAGUAGGAUAGAUAUAAUAAAGAGAGGGAGAGAGAUAUGACAAAGUCAUUCACUGCUGUCAAAACAACAUGAAGCAUCAGCCCUGGGCAAAGCACCCCACCUGCUCGGUCACACUGCAUCUGACAGGCAAAGAGAACCCCUGGAGAUAAAUGACAUAUUUUAUUGGUAUCCCUCAGUCACUGAGUGAUCAACACCUUCCUGUAACAUGGAAGCAUUUUAACCCCACCACAACCACUGAACGAGGGACCAUUCUGACAGCGCUUGCUUACACCCUUUUCCAUCGAAAUGGUGCUUGUGUUAGAAGGAUGUGUGAAUGUCUUUUGCAACUGGCCCUCAUUUCCACUGACUUGAGAGCUUAACGAUAAUGUACCUAACUAUGUUACUAUGUAACCUGUCUACAUACAAACAGUGCUUCUACGUCUUUUAAGGUGCGAUCAUAUUUACCUUUGCCUAAUUUCACAGGCAAAAUCCAGUCAUUUCAGUAAGAAUUAGUGCAACUGGGAAAUGAUAGUGCUUUUGCUUUGAAAGUGACUUCUGUGUGAGGAGAACUUUUUGCCAAUGGAACUUUUUUUGCAUGCAGCCCCUCUGGGUCAAUCACAGAUAUGCAGGGAAUUGGUGGAAAUUUUGUUAAUGUGACCACACAUUUAGUCAUUUUUGAGAGCAUAUUUUACCAUUCAUAAAUUCAACAUCUUUAUCAUGAGCUGGCUAUGAUGUAAAGGAAGUCAUUUUAAAUAUUUGAAAUCUAUUAAGUAUUUAAAAAUAUUAAAUUUAUAAAACAAAACAACAACAACAACAAAUAUUUCAUUAUUUCAUACAUACCACAUUUCUAAAUUAAAGCAAUAAACCACAAGAGACCACACAUUACAUGAAGCAGAGUGCCUAAAACUCCUUUAACUGUGGUAAAAUUACUGUAAAGCACAGGCUUGAGUGCUUAUUGUGGAAAAUAAUAGCAACAGCAAUAUGAUUAAAUAUACAAAUUUAUAAUUAGUUCAGAAUAAACAUUUAUUAUGCAAAUACUAUUUUUUAACUUAAUGCAAUAAUCUGAGUGCAAGAGUGUUCAUAUUACAACGAAGUUAUCAGUUUUAUUAAAAUCAGUUCAUUUCAGAUUGACAGGGAAAUUACAGUUAUUAUAGGCUAAGUGUGACAAAAAUGACAUUAGCAUUUUUUAGUUUGAGAUUUAAGGGGCAGUUGUGGAGCCUAGAACCUCUUUUCUUUUCUUUUUCUUUUUUUUUUCCCAAAGGAAAUGUGUGGAUUGGGCCAGAUUGGACACCAGCACCCUGUCAGUGGAAAAAGGGGUAACUGUCAUAAACUGAGAGGGAACAGGCACAGAGCUGUUAAACCGACAUCUACACACUAAUAAUGUAGUAUUAUUUGGUCUCUUGGAGAGUUUUUGAGCUAGAAACAGCACCUGUACCACAGUUUUGAGAAUAUGUUAGACUGUGACAUGAGCCCAGUGGGGAGGUUCAUGUCGUUAACUGUUAACCAGCUGUCCGUCAGUCUUUAACAAUGGCUCAGUCAGGCAGGGUUACACCAGAACACAGAGCUCUUGGUAAUACAGACUCCCAAAACAGUGUUCCUACAUUGAUCACACUAACAUCCAAGUCAUGACGGAGCUGUGUUGUUUUUGUACUCUGUACUCUGACAGACAUUUUAAGAGGAAGUGAAGGGCAAUUUUACAUGUUUUACAUGUUUUAGUUUGACCAAUCUGAAGCAAGUUUUGGUUUGAUAUACAGAUUCUUGUAGGCAUGCCUUUGACUGUACGUUUAUUAACUAUGUUUGACCCAGCAGGGCAGCGUGGGCCAGCAUUCAGCAGAUGAGUGGAUGGAAACCAGUCUUCUAGAAGAAUCUCCACCUUAUCAUACAAGCAAGUUUCUUUAAGAAACACCCAGUGAUUUAGUUCAGCGUUGUGUUCAUUUCCUGUCAGGGUUUGUUGGGUUUUGAGAAAGUGGGCAGGGACAAAAUCAUCCUAGAAUGUAUGAGGCCUUCUUGAGUUAGACUAUCAUAAAAAUGGCAUUGUUGUGUGAUCGCACAGUAUUAGACAUUGUAUAUGAUUGAGAAUCAAACAUGGG